AUGAGGGAGAGGACAAGGAAGAGGAGGGGAUUGAAAGGGGGUGAAGGGGCAAGUAAGACAAAUGAGGGAGAGGAAAAGGAAGAGGAGGGGAUUGAAGGGGGUGAAGUGCCAAGUAAGAGAAAUGAGGGAGAGGAAAAGGAAGAGGAGGGGAUUGAAGGAGGUGAAGUGCAAAGAAAACCAAGGGAGGUAGAGGAAGCUCAAAGGAAAAGAAGUGAGGGAGAGCAAGUGAAAAUAAAAAGCAGCAAAGGAGAGGAAGCGCAAAGAAAGAGCAUUGAGGGAGGGGAAGAACUGCAAAGAAAAAGCAGUGAGGGAGAGGAUCCGCAAAAAAAAAGAAGGAAGGGCAAGGAAGUGAAAAGACAGAGAAGUGAGGAAAAUGAAGUGCAAAGAAACCAAUGUGAGGAAGAGGAUGAUGAAGUUAUGUUGGUUGGCGAUGACAUUGGCGAGAGCACGGAGGGGACAAAGGUUGAGGUUACUCUCGGGGACAUUGAUUUGGAUCAACCUACAACUGUGUUAUCUCAGUUGAACGUUUGGUUGAAUGAUGAAGGUCAAGGUGUGGAACGAGGGGUCCAAUUACGGAAGAGGAAGAGGAUUAUUCCUAUGUGGAAGAUCGUUGAAGCUAGUGAAGUGGUUCAAAAAAAUUUGCCAAAGACAACCGGACUUCGGACGUUAGACCCAAUGAAGGCGAUUCCGCAUGAUGAUAUGGUGAAAUUGCUGAAACUUUGUUCGGAAUGGCGCCAUAACCCAAAUUUGGUGAUGCAAUUUGGCAACGUGGAAGCUGAGAUUGAAUUCUUCGCUUCCCUCGUCAAAGCUGACGGUUGGCUGAAAGGAGAUCACAUUGAUUUGGGCUUGUAUCUCAUUCGGAAGCGACAACAACAGUUGGAGGAAGUAGAAAUAUCGGACUGGACAACGACCGAUGUAUUUUUUAUGGUAUGUGAUGCAGGAUGCAUAGGACCUAAAUUGUUUAGUUUCCUAAUUGAUUUGAAUAGGAUUUCUGUUUUACCUGGGGAUUUUAAUUCUAUUGUCUCUAGGGCUGUGCUACAUCAGUAUGGCAUAGGCCUUGACCAAGUGCAAAUCACAUCCAUACUUGCUUUGCGGAUAAUAAAAGGAAAAAAAGAGCAAGUUGGGUGGAAAAUUAGAACCAGUUUAGUGAACGUUGUAAAUGGCAAGGUUCCGGCGUGUGGAUUGGAUUGGCAGAACACGUAUAAGGUGUAUGUACCUUGUAUGUUGCCAAAAUAUAAGCAUUGGGUGGCUCUAGAGAUUGAUUUGAUUCAGUGUGAAAUCAAAGUCUACGAUUCAAUGGUUUCACUCAUUCCAGAUCAGAGCUUAAAGGAAGAACUCGGCCCCCUGUCAAUUACGAUUCCAAAUCUUCUGCACACCCUCGACUUUUAUGAAGAAGGUGUUUACGCGAACGAGUGCACCCGAGAUUGGUGGUGUCCAUGGCCAAUACAUCGUGUGGAUGUUCCACAACAGGCUAAUCAAGGCGAUUGUGGUAUGUUCGUGUUGAAGUACAUUGAGCUGUUGAGUGCUGAGAUUCCCUUAGCUACUUGCACCUCGCAGAACAUGCCAUUUUUUCGGUUGAAGUUGGCUGCAGAAAUUGCACGGGGAGAUGCUUACAUGCCAUGA